UCUACCAGUUUCACUCCGAGCUCCUUCUUCCUCUGCUCUCUUUGCUCUUGUUUCUCUCCAAGUUCAUAAAAAAAAAGAAGAUUUCCCUCUUUUGCAUUCCCAUUUGCAUCUCAUUUGCAUUUCGUGUUUACCUUCUUCUCCUCACAAGAACGUGUUUGUGGUGGUACAACUACCCCGCAAGAAUGGUUUUGUGGUGCGUCAUCGCCCACAAGAAUGAUUUUGUGGAGUGUUAUCACCCACAAGAACGAUUUUUGUGGGAGGCAACCAUGCCCCACAAGGACUACUAACUCUUGGACAGCUAACCUGGUUUUUGCUAACUCUCACAUAAUCCUUCCGAGUAUUUGGCUUGUUUUGUCUGUUGCAAUGUCUUUCAGGAACAUCUGAAGGAAGAUGUCGGGAGCACUCAAGAAGGUGACCGGGUCGAGCUCAAGUCGAUCAAGCUCGCAUCGCUCGUCCAUCCCCACAUCAAGCUACUCUCAUCAAGAUGAGCAAGAUGAGUCCCAGUCGCCAGAAGGGCAGCCAGCACAACAAGAAGAAGAGCAGGCACCGAAUGACUCCAACCUCGACAUUCGAGGGGAGCGAGAACUCCAAGCGUACAACAUCCUAAAGGACCGAACCUUUGGUCAUACAUGGGAGUUCGAUGCAGACCUGUUGGAAAAAACAGGUUAUGCACCCGCUGCUGGGACAGCCGGACCCUCGGCCGGACAGCAGUCCAGUUGGGACCGAUAUAUCCCGCAACCUGAAGCUGGAGGUUCAUCAUGGCAGAGUGGUGGCAGCUCUGAGUGGGAUCAACCUGGACGAACGAACUGGGCACAUGCCAGUGGUUCUAGUUUGAGCGGAGCGUCCCCACUCUUUGCUGCCCGACGCUCGUUUUCAGCUCGAGGUUAUCGUGAACUCUCUCAGGGGAUACACGACAUCAACAUCCGAGUCGGCGACAUUGGUGAUAGGACGCAUCAGACCCACGGAGCUCUCACUCAACAUAUCCAAGACACCGAAAGAUAUCACGCACAACAACAAGCAAAUCAGGAAGCCACCAUGGAACUGCUUCAAAAGCAGUAUCAGGACGCUCAAGCAUUAUACCGGCACUAUGGGUAUUACCCUCCACCCGGUCAGUAAGCCAGCUUGGGGGGAAGGAGUCCCCGAAGGUAACAUGUAUCUUGCAUUUGCAUAUUUCCCUUUUCAUCACCUUGCAUUGCAUGCUAAAAAAAAUCGAGUCAGUUAUCUUUAUUUCCCUUUAAGUGUCAUUUGCUUUGUUCUCUUAUGAGCUGUAAGAAUGCCUAAGUUCUCCAGUUGAAAUGAUGAACAAUUGCUCUGUUUUAAUCUCCUUGUUAUGCAUAAAUUACAACUCAUAUUCUCCAAGAACUGAGUUUGUUGGUCUCAAAAAGUUUAUCCUGAACCUAAAAUUUUGUGGGUUGAGAAUGCAUGAUCUGAGUCAAAGCUGUUGAGGAAUAUGAAAUGAUGGACUAGAGUUGCUACAAAUAUGUUCUGAGCAAAAUUUUACGUCCAGAACUUUUAUCUUCAAAAACUACAAAAUAAAAAGUUCCUCGGUGAUGAAAAAUACCUACCAGAGCCAUAUGCAUGAAACCUACAAAGACAUCGUUCCUACAUGCUGCUUGUAUCUUGUUGAGCUUUGUCAAAUUUUGUGACCCUUAUGAGUUGCAUUUCAUACUCUCAUAAUCGAGAAUCACGUACACACCACUUUUACAUGCAAAAACUUCCACAUUGGAAGAAUAGCAUUUCCAUACCAUCCACUCAUGCAUAUCCUUUUUGAUGUUCCAUAUGUCAUAAAGUCUCUUCCCAAAAUUCUCUCCAGCAAAGGCAUGAGCUAUGUAUUGAAAAAAAAGAGAAAGAAAGGGGCGCAUCAAGGCCCAUGAAAAAGAGAGAGAGAGAUGGACGAAGGUCCAUGCAAAAACAAGAAAAUUAUCCAUGUCCAAAAAAAUAUAAGGAGGAAGAGACAAAAUCAUGGAACAUCCUACUCUCUUACUUUCCACUCCAUCCACCACAUAUCCACAGACAUGCACUUCUCGAUCAUGGUUGUAUGACUUGCUCACUCUUUGGGUCCGAUCUUUGACUUUGAAAAAUAUUUGAAACAAGUAUGCCUUAGUUUCUCUCCCUACCUUGAGCUCCACAAACAAUCCCUUAGAAGUAGGAGAAAGAAGGCACACAAAAGGCCUUGGUGAGGAUACAAACACCUUUGAGCGAAUGAGAGUGUCAUUCGAGGAACUUGUUUUUAUUUUUUCAAAAAAAUUGUGAAAACCUCCGGACGUGAUUUUGAGCAAGGAAUAGGUAAGUGGUGGUUUAUAAAUCGUUCUAUGCCUCAACCGCCCAAGACAAGGAGAAGGCCAAAAGCCCUAUGGAAAUGAAGGUAAAAUGGGUGAGCAAGGUCUGACCAACUUAUUCAAUUCAAGAUAGAAUAUGUUUUGUUGUAACUUGUGCAUGAUGAAAAAAUAAAGCAUUGCAACAACUCCUGAUCAACAACCUAAAGUUUAGCUUUGCUCAAGGACGAGCAAAGUUCAGCUUGGGGGGUCUUGUUGACGCUCACUAACGACCAAUUCUGAGCGUCAAUAUUGCCAUAAUAAAUGGAUGAACUUGCAUUUCUUACACUCAUGUUACUAAUAAAUUACCGAAUUCCACAUGUCCCUCUAGAUUUCUAUGAGUGCAGGAUUUAAUUGAAAAUGGAGGGCAAUCACACCCUUUUGGGCCCGGGAGCAGACACCGAUUGAUCAGACAUCAUCAACAUGGAUUAAAAGGCCACCAGAGCAGAAUUUCACCAGAAACAAGGCCGGGCUACACACCAUCAACAAGUAGGCCCAGAGUGCAGCCCAUGGGGCAAAGGAGAAGGUCGGUGGGCCUAGUAGGAGACCGGCCGACCUACAGGCCGGCUGACCUGGACAUGGGCCCCACCGCCUCAAAUCUUCGAUGUGGCAGCUCCUCAUUGGAUGGAGAAGUCGGUUCUAGGGGUUCCCUGCUGAAUUCACGGUCGAGGAGAGGGUGGCUCCCCUCUAUUUAUAUGAGGGGAGGGGCUCCAUUUCAAGCAUCACCAAGCAUCAAGCUAUCAAGUCACUCUCUCAAGAUGUAGUUCAUCUUCUCUUGUAGAGGUCUUAGGACUAGAGGAGUUCGGGUUCGAGUCGUAGUUUGAGGUCUUAGAGCCUUCAUGGAGAGUCCGGUAUGUCUUUUACUUUAUCUUCAUGUAAUUCUCUGAGUUUGUACUAGAUCUUUAUUUACUCUAUUCAGUACUUUGGUUCGUAUA